GGCGGGGCCGCGGCGACGCGGGGCUGGCUGGCUCAGAUGGCGACAGCGCAGGGCGCCUGAGCGGGCCGGGGCCAUGAGCGCCUCCCGGCCCCAAUUCAGCAUCGAUGAUGCCUUCGAGCUGUCCCUGGAGGACGCGGGCCCUGGGCCUGAGUCCAGCGGAGUCGCCCGCUUUGGGCCGCUGCAUUUCGAGCGCCGGGCCCGGUUCGAGGUGGCCGACGAGGACAAGCAGUCCCGGCUGCGCUACCAGAACCUGGAAAACGAUGAAGAUGGAGCCCAGGCAUCUCCAGAGCCGGAUGGGGGAGUCAGCACCAGGGAUUCUGGCCAAACAUCCAUCCGCAGCUCCCAGUGGUCCUUUAGCACCAUCAGCAGCAGCACUCAGCGCUCCUACAAUGCCUGCUGCAGCUGGACUCAACACCCUUUGAUCCAGAAGAACCGCCGGGUAGUGCUAGCCUCCUUCCUGCUCCUACUGCUGGGGCUGGUGCUGAUCCUGAUCGCCGUGGGACUGGAGGUGGCCCCCUCGCCAGGUGUCUCCAGCGCCAUCUUCUUCGUGCCUGGCUUCCUGUUGUUGGUCCCGGGAGUCUACCACGUGAUCUUCAUCUACUGUGCGGUGAAGGGACACCGGGGCUUCCAGUUCUUCUACCUGCCCUACUUCGAGAAGUGAGCUGCCGGCGGUCGGCGGGAUCCAGCGUAGGCUCUGAGAGGCCCGGUGCGGCCUCCUCGCGCCCCUAGAGGGAGCCCCUGGGGCCCUCAAGGGAAAAGUCCCUCCGGGACCCUCGAGCCCCCAGUCCCCUGGGGAGUUUGCUCAAGAAGUUUGGGGCAUGCGAGCCUCGGGCCUGCAAAAGUCGCCCCCUCCCUGCUCUGUGCCUUAACUUAUUCUCGGGCCCUGGGGUUGCUGGGUUGGUGAUAUUUUGUGCUAAUAAAAGGGGUGCUUAAUUCCA